AGGUAAAGGGGGAAAUCGUAGACAAUAACAACUUGACUCGAGCGGCUUUUCUUGGAAGACUUUUUUCGAGUCGGUUUCUGAUUUUGAGAAGUAAAGUGUUGAAAACAUGACAGCCGUGGAUUGGGGAGAGAGAUGGAGCGAAGUCAGGAAGUUGCUGGAGAGGCCUGGGCCUUUCACCCAUCCAGACUUCGAACCUUCACCAGAUACCCUGAAAAUGCUGCAGGAAAACAUUAAAGUCUUGGUUAUUGGAGCUGGUGGAUUAGGCUGUGAGCUGCUGAAGGAUCUUGCACUUAUGGGCUUUACAGACCUGCAUGUGAUUGACAUGGAUACCAUUGACCUAUCUAACUUAAAUCGUCAGUUCCUCUUUCGGAAGAAGGAUAUUGGCAGACCAAAGGCUGAUGUUGCAGCAGAAUUUAUCAAUCAGCGUAUACAGGGUUGUCGAGUGACUCCCUACUACAAUAAGAUCCAGGAUUUUGAUGAUGAUUUCUACAGAGGUUUUCAUCUGGUGGUUUGUGGUUUAGACUCCAUUGUUGCUCGCAGAUGGAUCAAUGGAAUGCUUCUCUCCCUCCUGUGUUAUGAAGACGGAAUGCUUGACCAGAGUUCAGUGAUUCCAAUUAUCGAUGGUGGAACAGAAGGAUUUAAGGGUAAUGCGCGUGUUAUCCUGCCUGGUCUAACAUCCUGCAUUGAGUGUACGUUGGAUUUAUUUCCUCCACAAGUAAAUUUCCCACUGUGCACAAUAGCCCACACGCCACGCCUCCCAGAACAUUGUAUCGAAUAUGUCCGCAUUCUGCUCUGGCCAAAGGAGAACCCAUUCGGCGAAGAUGUGGCCAUUGAUGGCGAUGAUCCACAACACAUUAACUGGAUUUAUGAGAAGGCACAGAAAAGGGGAGCUGAAUAUGGGAUCAGUGGUGUCACUUACAGGCUAACUCAGGGUGUAGUGAAGAGAAUUAUUCCUGCUGUAGCAUCAACAAAUGCAGUAAUUGCAGCAGCGUGUGCAUCAGAAGUGUUCAAGCUGGCUACGUCAGCCUGCACACCCAUGAAUAACUAUUGUGUAUUUAAUGACAUUGACGGCAUUUAUACUUAUACUUAUGAACAUGAGAAGAAGGAAGAGUGCAUGGCAUGCAGUCAAGUUCCUCAGAACCUUGAAGUGCGGCUGACGGACAAGUUGAAAGACAUCAUCACCAUGCUUACCGAGUCAUUCAAAUUUCAGAUGAAAAGCCCUGGACUCCAAGCAAUGGUUGAUGGAAGGACAAAGUCACUGUAUCUGCAUUCUCCUGCAUCCAUUGAAGAAAAGUUAAGACCUAACUUGAAGAAGACCAUUGAGGAGUUGGGCCUGGCAGAUGGCAUGGAAAUAGCUGUGGCAGAUGUUACUAGUCCAACCACGAUACUUUUCAAGCUGAAGAUAAUAGAGUAGAUGAAACGUUUAUUAUGUAAUUAAUAGCAUUUUAAAUGUUGACACUUGCUUUUGAAAUUUUAUGGAAUUAUUUUCUGUGAGAGGUCUUCAGCAUUGAUGUGAUUUAUUUUUAAUUUAGAUUAUGCAAGACUUAAUUUAAGCUUUUGUUUUGUCAUAUCUGAUACAAAAUUCUAUUAAAAAAAGAAUAAUAAUUUUUUUCAAAACAAGGCUUAGAGCGGUAUAUGUAUUGGAUAUUAUAACACUUGAAUAAAAUUACCUACUUA